AUGGAGGGGUUUGUCAGGCCUUUGGUGUCCACUUUGGCUGUUCUUAUGUUGCUUCCCCAAACUGUUUGGACACAAGAUCCCUGUGCAAUACCAAAUCCGGCCGUCGUCCCUUUUCUUGGACAAAGAGGACGUGACACCGUUAAUAUUGGACUGGAGGAUUUGUUAGCGAACCAGUGGUUCAGCGGCACCGAUAAUUACGACAUGGUCAUCACCGACGAUACGGAAGCAGAACCAACAAUUGACCAGUGUGGUUCUCUAUAUCCUGCUAUGAUCGUUGGUCCGAAUUCCACCAUCCCUAACGACAACACACAACAGAAUGUAACUGCCAGGUUUUAUAACACUAUGUCUUUGACUUGGGAGACUAUGAUUCUUCAAGUCAAAGACUGUGGCACUUAUCGGAUGUACCAACUGCAGUCAAUACCGAUGGGGACAUAUUGCUUCGAACCUAACUCGAAUGCAGAUUUAUGUAUUCGGAAUGACAUCCCACAUAUAUCGAACGUUCUGGAUCGCAGGCCUCUUUUCGAUGCAGCUAUUUUAGAUGAUAGUACUUUGACCCCAGGAUGGGUUAAAAGUUCACUACUCGAUAUAUCGCAGCCAUUUCCAGUGGAAAACCCAGACUUUCAUCAUUGUGGCGGAGCACAACCAAUAUAUGCGGAGAAUCCCUUACCACCUAACGACGGAAUGGGACACGACAUGAAUUUGACCAUUUUUAACAUAAGUGGAAACAACCAAUCCUACGUCACCAUCCAAGUAAGGAACUGUGGGGAUUUUCGUAUCUACAACCUCUCACCAAUGGUACCCAGUAAUUCUUCGUACUGCUUCGAUAUUCCACAUUCAACUGACGAGUUCGCGCCUAUGGUAUUCCCAAUAUUAACGAUAGAUGUUUACCACGAAUGUUUGAAUGACACGGGAAGGAUCGUUGCAGUUUGUGAGUUUGAACCAGAGGCUGAAAACGACACCAACGUCUAUUUAGUCACAUGGUUUGUCUCAGAAAUGCCUUUACUAAAGACGAGCCAGGUCAACGCGGCUAACCUGACGAUGGCGAUAAUAACGGAUGAAGAUCUUGUCAAUGAGGGAUAUUACCGUGCAGUGAAUGCAAAUGAUAUGGCCUUUGAGGUUGAGCCCGGAGAAUUCCAUAAUGUUGACAUUCUCAUAAACACCCCUCUCUCUUGUCCAUGUGGAGAGGAAUUCUGCAAUGUAAAACUGUUUGCUGUCGAUCCUAGUGUCCCUGUAACACCGACAGAUCCAUCAGUUGAAAUGGCUUUCGUCAGUGUAGAGAAUGCACCGAAUGGUGAAAGCGGAGUUUCAGACGGGGUACUCGUUGAAGGAGCUGGCAGUGCCCCUGCGCGAAGACGUCGAAGUUUCAGCCCGAGUGGAGACCCAUUCCGCCUUAGCUUCAGAAUUAAACAUAGUUUCCCGUAUCGUACAAAGCAUUAUAUUACCAGAAAGAGUAUUCCUAUAAUGUUACGUAUGACAUCAGAUAGAAAUGCAUUUUGGCCAAAUGGAAUUUUCGGUAGUGUCAACGUUCGGGUACGUGAGCGGUCUCAUAGACAACACUGGAGAAGGAAAAGUUGUCAUGCAUUCUGUGAUCCACAUAUGAGGUCAUUUGAUGGCAGGAGUUAUGAGUUACAGACAGAUGGAGAAUACGUGUUGUACAAAUAUUGCCCCAAAUUAUACCCACGAUGGUAUUCCAACCCAAGCGUUUCCCUGAAGGUUCAUGUUAAAAUCUCAUCUUGUCGUGGGGAUGGGCAUGUACCCUUUUGCCCUUGUGGAAUAGCAGUGAUGGCUGGCCAUGAUAUUUACGUGGUGGAUACAUGUGAAGAUAGCCGGUACCAAGGCUUUACUCGCUGUGAGGAUAACAUACUACGUGUUGAAGAAACGGACACGGUUGUCAAAGUAUGGUUACCCCAUGGCACUCGCGUGGAAGCAAGAAAAGGGCAGGUGAAAGAAUCAGUUUCUCUGUGGAACGUGUGGGUGUACCCAUCUAUUUACGAUGUAGACAGCAGUUGUGGGCUGUGUGGAACACUAGACGACAACUGUGCCAAUGACUGUGAUGUGUUUAAUUGUAAUACAUUCUAUAGGCCCUAUGGAUCCGAUUGUAAUUCCCGCGUACAUGCUCUCGAGUUCACAGAACAGUUUCGCGUACCAUCGUCACAGUCACUAUUUCCGCCACUUGAAUUUGGUAAUAUAGUUUACAUCAAUCCGACUCCCUUUAGACCGAACAGUCCCAGCUACUGCUUCUGUGGACAUCGACAGUGGCCAAGAGAUUCAAGCUCAUGCUCGUGUCAGCAGACACAAUGGUGGGGUGACGUCAGAGAUCAGUCAUGUGAUGUGUUUUUAGAAAUACCCGAGAAUCCAUCAGAGCGAAUUAUUGACCGUCAAGAUGAAGUGAACCGGGAAACGCAGCCUGAUUGUGAGACUAUGAUGGCGGAUCUGAGAGAAGAAUUCCCAGAAUGUCCUUCAUUCAACGACCAACUCGAAAAUUGCAAAGAAGAUCUAAUAUUGGAUCCAAAUGCACUAGAUGAAGGCACUGAUUGGGUUGAAAACUCAAGACAAAUACUUGCCACUGCAUGUCAAAUAGAUAAUGCUGCCCAAAUGGAUCCAGUACCAGCGAUAAUGAACAUGUGUCCAGUAGACUGUGGUAACCAUGGACAUUGUGUUGAAGGGGCAUGUGUGUGCGAUUCUGGUUACGGAAACUCUCUGUGUGACACAUCAUUUAAAGAUAAAGUGGAUGUACUAAGUGUGGAAAAUGGUCUGUGUGACCGCCGCCGGAAACCAUGUACAGUGUUCGACCUUAAACCGAGAAGGCGGGCAUUUGUUCGUGAAUUUGAUUACAUCGCAAAUAUUGACGUAAGAGAAAUAACGAAAACUGGCAGCGUAAAAAAAUUCGGAAGAGGAUUUAAAAAACGAGGCAUCAGGAGAAAUUUUUUGUCCCUAGAGGUGGAAAUGCCAUUAAUUAAGCCGACACGUGGACGGAAAUUCCGGUACCGAGCUGGAUCGAGAUCUAAACGUUCAGCAAAUAAAGAGAUAGAUAAUGAUAUCGAGGCGGCGGAAGACAGAUUUAGAAGACAAACCGAUACGGAACCUUUAGUAGAAGGAUUGGAGUCGUUUGCCUUGGUGUAUGAUAUCACACUAACAACAGACAACGUGACCUUCAGUGACCCCGUCAGCGCCUAUAACUUCGACGCCACGUGUAUUGGAUACGUUGAUAACGAGAGUGGUGACGUCAAUUUCUUUAUCAAGCCCUUGUUCUGUUUUCUGGAUUUUGAGUGUGUCCCUAAUGGAACAUACCAUAUAACUGAUGAUUGCAAGUUUUGUCACACUGAAAGGAACCCGAUAAGCUGGACAGAUGAUCUCAACAAUGCUGAGUGCAUUGAGGCUGAAAUAAGUGACCAGUCUGACAGGCCACUCAGUAUAGCUGUCAUUGCCAGCAGUUCAGCAGCAGUGCUUGUGGUACUCACAGCAGCAGCAAUCUUUAUAAUCUACCGUAUUUACCGCAAAACCCUACCCAAAAAUGCAACUUUUGCUGAAAUUGGGCAUACGCUUGGACAAAAAAAUCCGCACUUCCAGCCGAAAGAAUUUCUACCUGAGAAGAAACGCAUUAUCUAA